AUCUGCACGUGCCCAGAAACGGAAGCCAUGGCUGCCACCGAGACCCCGCCCUUGAUUCCCAAUGGUGAUGUGACGGAGCAAGCAAUCCAGGACACCUUGGAUGCUUGGGCCCAUGCAGAGUGGGAGCACAUCCUUGCAAUCAAGGUGGACUCAGCGACCAGAAUUCAACAAGAUGUCUACUUGAUCGAGGAUGCCAAUAUUCCCUCUAUGACGGUCCCGGCAGCUGACCAGGAGAUGGAGCGAGAGGAUAGUUCAGAGAUCAAGGAGUUUGCAGUAGAGAUGUUAUCAGGUGAGACAGUAAAGCUGAAGAUGAGUGCACCCUACACGGCUGCGCACGUCAAGCAGGUGCUCGAAUCGCGCCUGGGUGUUCCUUCCUACUUGCAAAGACUCAUUGCAGGCCCUCAGGAACUGGAAGAUGACGCCAUGAUCACCGUGGACUCAAUGACGUUGCUGCGCCGCGAACCACCUCUCAUAUCCACGGAGGACUUUCUGCGAACAAUGGUGGAGAGUCCAGGUUGGCAGCCAGGCGACGUAUUCCUAAGGUGGCACGGUUUUGAUACCUAUCGCAAAUGGCCUGCUAGCACUGAAGAUCGAUGGAAGUGGGCACUGGGACAUCGCAACAUGCGCAAUGUGCCCCUUACCACAGAAAACGUACUUGAAUGCCUUGAUGUGUGGCUGGGGAUAGAGGACAAGCAAGGGACACAUCCAGACAGCUUCGGGGCUCACGUGGACAAGAUGGUUGCCUUUAUGCAGCACUGCUGCUACAGCCCCUCCUUGCUGGUAGUCUACGAGGAGCUUGCACAGCAAGUAGGCUCUCUUGUUUCUGAGCAAUCUGAGCCUUAUGGCCACGAUGAUGACUAUGAGUUCGUCUUCUUCCUCGUCGGCAGACUGAGAAGUGAGCCGCAGACCAUGGUAGUUCAGAGCAUCCUCCUCAACUGUUGGAUUUGA